UUAAUCUUGAGUCUCAGUAAGAUUUCAGGGAUCGAGGUAGCAAGUUGACCCUAAUAAACUGCUUCAAAAUUGAAAUCAGUUCUCAUAUUCCUGCGUUUUAAACAAAAUUGUAGGCACUGUUUUUCGUGACCAUAUCUAAAAGAGGUCAUGAAUUCCGAAGCUGGUGCGAGCCACGUGCGAAAACAAUCAUUUCAGGAAGAUGAGUACAGAGCUUUCAGAAUUGCACUGGAUGUGAAGGAAACCGAGAUUGGAGAUUUUUGGAAAAAUAUUGAUGAAUUGAAAUCAAAGGAAGUGUUUCUUCGGAUCCCCGAGGGCUUACAUAGCAAGAUUAUGAGAAAGAAAAAUACCCUGAAAGAUAAAAAUUCAAAUUAUGACGAAAAAGGUUCAAGAGUUACGAACGCAAAAACUGAACGUCGCACAUCAUCGAAAACUGGAGAAAAUAAAAAAAAAAUAGUUGGUCCUGAUGAUAUGAAGGAAAAUGUACCUCUCACCAGAAAAAAAGAUUCUGAAUUAAAAGAGAAAACAUCAGGUGCGGUUAAGAAAAAAAUUAAUGAAAAGAAAAUGAAAAAAGUUGAUCAGUGUCACACAAGUGUAACAAUUGCAACAAACACAAUACAUUUAAGUACAGAUGACGUCGGCAAAAAAGUGAGAAAAUCAAAGAACACACGUGUGUUAGCUGCUAAAGAAAACUUACCAACAUCGCAGGAAACUGAAAAGAUGAUGAAGGAAGCCGCUGUAAAGAGAGUCAAAAGGAAUAUAAAAAUUAGCGAGAACGUAUCAAAUAACGUUACUAAUAACUCUGGUGAAGAAUUUAAUGGCAAAAAUGAGGAUCCUAAACCUAAAUCAAAACGGCAGAACCAAUUGAAAGAGAAGAAAAAUGCAAUGAAGCAAAAAGAAAAUGUUCAAGCUAAAGGAAAAUCAUCAACUGAUCUAGAUGUUAAAGAAAAUGCUCUACCAAAAGAGAAAGAAAGUGAGAAAAAGAGAAGAGUUUCAAAGAGAAAAAAGGGCGAUUUCAUUGGAAAUAAAACACAUCUUAGAAAAUUAGGACCAUGUAAAAGAAAUGAAGAAAAGUCCAAAAAUGUGUCACUAAUUGAUGAAAAGGAUGUUGGAGAAAAGGAAGCAAAACCUAAAGUUAAGAAAACUCGAGCAAAGAAGACGGUGCUCCUCAAAGAAGGUGAAGAAAAAACAUCGGAACCUGAGAUUAAAGGAAAUGCAGGAAUGGAAGGAAAUAAAAAAACUGUGAAUGAAAAGUCGAAGAAUAAGAGAAAUAAAGCAGAUGUGGAUAAUAAUACUAAAAAUGAUGCAGAUAAAAAAAAGCAAAAUAAAUCAAAAAAAUCUGAAAAUAGCAAAAUUGGUGAGAGCGCAUCAAAAGAAGUCACUAAGAAUAUUGAAAGUGAAAAUGAAUUAAUGAAGACGAAUAAUUCUGAAGCUCAUUCGGAAAUUCCGAUAAAUCUGAAACCUAUUAAUUACAAUUCCAGAGAGGUAAAAAAUUUUCCUUUGAAUGUGGAUAAUAAAAGGAAGGAUUUGUCAUCUGACAAACGACUGGAGUGUACCGAAUUUUUUGAGCCUAUCACUUUGGGAAAUAUCGACCAAACAAUUUUCGAAAAAUUGAACCUAGUUAACAAUGAUUUGAAAAACGAAGAUUUCGAUUUUCAAGAUAAAAGUUUUGAAAAGCCUUCACUAAAGGAAGUAAUGGAAAGUCCAUAUUUAUUCGAUGAGGAAAACCAUGACUCUGAAGAUCAUCAGCCGCCUGAAGAUCUGAAAAAGUCUUCUGCUACUGUUUUUGAAGAAACUUUCAAAAAGCCAGAAAGGAAGAAAACAUUAUAUGAACUUAAACAAGAGGUUAAGCAAAAAAUUAGGGAAGUUCGUCAUGAGAAGAAAGUGGCAAAAGCAGUGGAAAAAUUGAGUCUGUACACCUUGAAACACUUGAAAAAACUAGACUCCAAUCCUGUAAUAAAACUACACCGUAAGUUUUUUAAAUUUUCUCUCGUUUUCCUUUUUAUUCCCUUAACGUUCUUUCUUAAUUUGGUUUUACAAGCUGAAACAUUAUUUCCAAUAAAACAAAAAACAACUAAUUUAUUAAUUGUAACUAAUUUUUCCCUCCAAACUUUACGAAGAAAAUUUGGGCUUUUAAACAAUAUAAAAACACAUUUAGGUAAAUAUGAAAUCCUAAAAAAAAUUUUCUUUUCAUCAUGGUCAGAAAUUUAUUUCAUAUUUUAUGAUGCAUUAAAAAAUUAUUUUGUGAGUAAUAAGAAUAAUUUUUCAUAAGAGGUUACCAGGUUACCAAUGGUUUAAUGAACUGUAAGAUUGCCUACUUUGAGUAGCUUAAAAACUUUAUAUUUUGUUAGAUUAAAUGUUUGAAAUUUGAAUUUACGGUAAAAAUAAUCUCAGUUUUUCCAAAAUUAUUAGAACCCCUGGUGGAAAUGUAUUUCAACAAUGCAAUAAAUUUAAUUAUAAAAUGUACAACUAUGUGCGAAUGGUCUUUUUUAAAUUUGUAAUUAUAUGUAAUAUUUUGUUAGAGGGUACGAGUAAAAGCAACAAAUGGUUGUUUCUAAUACCGUUUUUCAUCAUUUUUCUAAAAAUCGAUACAAGAAGUGCAGAUUACGAAAAAUGUCUCUCAUAAGCUACAUUUUUUGUAUUAUUCUGGCACUUCUAAAAUUUCACAUAGUCAUUAAAAAUGUAUCCAAAAAAUACCAUUAUCACAUUUUUGUAUUUUAAUGUCGUUCAUUGUCAAAAUACGUUAAUACCAGGAACGUUUUCAU